AUGGACAUCAGCUUCGCUCUGCAAGGCCUCUCACCUCUUUAUCGAUACCUAACUCACCGACCCGGCCCCACAAGCUUCUCAAUAGCGGAGGUCGUCAUUCUAUGGUCAAUCAGUUAUGCUCUCAUCAAGCCGCUUGCUCCCGCCAUAACAGCCCUUCUCGACAAUGCAUAUCCGGUCAAGGCAUUUUUCAUAUGGAUGUUUGACCGAGACGUGACGUGGAAGGAAGAGACCAAGUUCAUCGGCCCUGAGGUGCCUGGCGGCUUCAGAACACCAUGGUCCGAAAAGGGGUCCACCGAAGGCGCGGAUGCUAGCCCGUACCGACUCUGCUCCACCUGCCAGCAGCUCGACCUCGGUCUCCUGGGCAUGAAGGCGGAUGGGAGUUUUCCACGUGUCGACUCUGUAGAAGUGCGUUUAGGCCACGGUCUAGGUGGAGUUAGAUUGGGCAGGCAAUCUUGCGACCUUUGCAGCCUCAUUUGGCGCUCGCUCUUCAACUCUGAAAAGUUGACGAGGGAAUGCGAGUACCCGGAUGAAACUGCUGUAAUCCUCAGGCUAGGCAGCUUCUCAAAUUCAUGGCGAUAUAGAGACCACAGUCUUGAACAUAGGCUGCAAGUCGAAGAACAUCGAGAGAAUUAUGUGGUAAAUGCGAUAUCUACGACUCUACGGCGUGUUGGUGAUUCUUCACGUCGUCCAUGGUGGUCUGACCCAAUGGGAGAGAUUAUAAUAUAUAAGCGGCCAGAACAACUAAAAGAUCCCGAAGACCAAUCAUCUCCAGUCAUUCUCGAGAGGCCUUUGACGCCUGCAAACUCUGAUACAACCUUUCGCACCAUCAACUGUUGGCUUGGAAACUGCCUUAAAAACCACAAGAUUUGCAAGACUCAAGGUUUUGAAAAAGCGCGUACAUGGGCGCCACCGCCGAGAUUAAUAGAAAUACCCUGUGAUACUAAGCAGGUCCGGCUUAUCGAUGCGGCUAAUAUCGAUAUGCCGUACGUUGCUUUAAGCUAUUGCUGGGGCGAUAAUUCGUCUUCAAAUUCAGGGCAAACAAAUCCUGUUACGACAACGUCGAACACUUUUACAGAAUUUCAACAACGGUUGCCUACAAAUUCCCUCCCUUUAACCAUCCAGCAUGCCAUCGAUAUUACCCGGCGACUUGGCUUUAAUUAUCUAUGGGUCGACUCCCUCUGCAUUAUCCAAGACAACUUUGUCGAUUGGAAAAAGCACACAGUUAUCAUGGGCUCCAUAUACGCAAACGCUGUUUUCACCAUCGCAGCUUCUGGGGCUGCAAGUAGCUCAGAUGGUUGCUUUUCCCCCAAUUCAUAUGCUGAUGGAGAGCUAGAUUCAUUUUACAAGGGCGAAGUAAGGCUGCCUAUCGUUAUUCUUGGGCGUUAUAUAGGUGAUAUGUUUGCCGUUUCGCCUUUACCCUUAUUCACACCUGAGGGCCUGCAUAAUCUCUCGUCUGACCUUGAGAGUAGCCGCUGGAAAGAUCGGGCCUGGGUGCUGCAAGAACGCUUUUUUUCGAGCAGGAUUGUGCAUUUUGGUGCUUUUCAAGUCCAUUGGGAGUGUCGAGAGGAGGUAGCUAGUCAGAUGCGACCAUUUGCUGAUCAGGUAUCUGCAUCGUUGGUCCCCCGGUGGAUAAAAGUGUGGAAUUGGUGGUUUUCAUCAGCUUUCGAUGCAGAGCGCUGGUGGUCCCAACUAUUGUUAAGAUACACCGACACAAAACUUACCUUUGAUAGCGAUCGUCUCCCUGCCAUCGCGUCUAUCGCAAAAGAGAUGGCUCAGACCCGAAAGCUGACAUAUGUGGCGGGUCUUUACGCACAGAUGCUUCCGCGAUGCUUGGUUUGGGCUGCUGCGGCUACCGGCUGCCAUGCUUACAAAAGUCCGGAUAAUCUGCCCCCUUUUGACUAUCCCGAUGUAAACAUGUCUACAGAGCCAUUGCUGACACCAAAUGCGAAUCCUUCUCAUCGAGCUUCGUCCUGGAGCUGGGCGCAUUGGGAAGGUCCUAUCGCUACCAUGCAACUCGACAAUUUUACCAAGUUCAUAGGCCAUAUGGGCGGCAUAAAAGUGAUCAAGCAGGGAGACGAGCACAGUCACCACCAGUCGGCCCUGGUUGUUUGGUCGCAAAUCCGCCCCGUGGCCCGAUUGGAGCAAGAGAUGAAACGGUUAGAGAUUACUGCUGUGGGUAUCCCUCAUCUUUUAAAGAUCCUCAGCUGCAGCAGCAAAGCCCGCUAUAACUGGCCGCGGCAUUCUACUUGCCAUGUUAUAACCCAACGCAACUCGGAAGGAUUAGGCAGUGUCAAAAGUGACGAAUUUGUUGUUUUUGAUGACCCGUUGAACGGGGCGCCGAUGGAGUUUAACCUGCUUCCAGUAGGUUCCUUAUACAUGUGGAACGCGGAGGGCUCGGAACCCAGGACAAAAUCUUCAUUAUACUGUUUUGACAUCUCCCUGGCAGUUGAACUGGCGGAAGGUUAUGAAGACUCGCAAGAGGAGUCGGCAAAUCAGUCCUGUGUUCAGCGUGGGAGGGGAGAUUCUGCUCUGUUGCCAGACCGUUACCGACGUCUGGGACUCGCGGUAAAACUUUGUUGGGUAGUCCCCGAAGACUCCGGCUGGGAGGCUAUCAAGGCCGGUUUCAAAGUGAGCUUUGCUAGCUUCAGCCCGGUUGUGGAUUUUUUUAUGGCAUGGGACAAGGUGGUCUGGAGGUCUGAACUCUGGGUCGAGGUUGUCGCCGAAGGCCGGUCCAUAUUUGCUGUAUAA